AUGAUUAACAUUUUAUCGCUGUUGUUAUUCUGGCUCCAAUGUUUUAGCAAAGGAAAUGCCAACUACGCUUCCAAGGCCCACGAGGUUUUCGAGAAGAUCUUCGUAGGGUAUAAUAGGCAUAUAAGACCAGUUCGAAAUUUGUCUACAACUACAGUGGUUUUUAUGGACAAUGGCUUGCGAUCCAUCCUCCACACCGAUGAGGUUAACCAAGUGCUGGUGCUGAAGGAAUGGUUGAGAAUGUUUUGGCGAGACGAGUUCCUUACUUGGAACCCGGCCGACUACGACAAUAUCACCGAGAUCAAAGUUCCACGAAGUUUGAUUUGGCUGCCUGACGUUAUAAGAAUUGAUGUGCUGGAUCAAUCCCAACUUAUGGACGAUGAUCGCAGUUUUGUACUACUAGAUCAUACAGGCUUCAUUAGACAUUCAGUAGAUCACGUGCUCAAAGUGUUUUGCAAUUAUAAAAUCACUAUGUUUCCUUUUGAUCAUCAAAACUGCACAAUUCACUAUGAGCCAUGGCAUUCCACUCUAAAGGAGGUUUUUAUCGAAGUGCAUCCAGAACCUGACAUCAAUAAUUACCGUCCCAGCAAUGAAUGGGACCUUAUCUCCUACAAAUCCCGAACAGGCAUUGGUUCAUACCCUCCUAUUCUAUCCGACUCCACCUCUCGUGCUUAUUAUGAUAUUGUUAUCAAGAGAAGGGUUUUUCGUUCUCAUGGAAAUUCUUAUUGGAGCGUUAGCAACCGCAACAACGGUCUACGUAUCACAUCUGCAGAGUAA